AGUGACACCAGCAGACUGAAGCUCGUCCUGCCUUCACUGACUGACUAUUGGCACCAGCAGAGAGCAGAGGGAACAAGUUGCUCAGAUCUCCACCUCGACUGGUUUAUUGAGGAGAACCCUUCAGUGGCAUUUACUGCCGGACUGAUUACACAUCGUUUUUCUUUAUUGGCUACCUUAAAAGACACAGAGAGUGGUGAGACGGUCGACUUAUGGCGAGUUUUUUAUGAGAGAAGAUCAAACCUGAGGUUUAGUCCUCCAUACCACCAUGUCAGCCAAUGGGAGCUCAGAAACAAAUUGCAGCAGGUCAGAGGUCAGACCCAGCACCAACACCUGCAGCCAGAAGGAACUGUCUAUCACCGCCUCCGCUGUCUCCAUGACUGUUGGCAUCUUCUCCAACAGCCUGGCGCUCUUCAUCCUCAUCAAAUCCUACAACCGCAUCCGGAUCAAGUCCAAGGCGUCUUUCCUGCUGUUUGCCAGCAGCCUGGUGGUCACAGACCUGCUGGGUCACCUCGUCAACGGCUCUCUGGUGCUCUUCGUCUACAGCUUCCACAAGAAUUGGGAGACAUUUGACCCUCACCGCAUCGUGUGCAGUGUCUUCGGGGCGUGCAUGGUGUUCUUCGGCCUGAGCCCCUUGUUCCUUGGGAGUGCCAUGGCGGUGGAGCGCUGCAUUGGAGUCACCAGGCCUAUCUUCCACUCCACGGCGUUAGCUUCCCAACACAUGAAGAAACUGCUGGGACUCACCUGGCUGCUUGCUGCCCUGGUGGCUGUGCUGCCUGUGUUGCUGUGGAGGCCCUACAGGAUCCAGAGCUCCAGGAGCUGGUGCUUCUUCCACAUGGAGGAGCCCAAAGACUGGCUGGAUAUGCUCCUCCCUCUGCUCUUCUCUAUGCUGGGGCUGCUGGCCCUGCUGCUCUCCAUUACGUGCAACACACUGACAAGCUGCACUCUGCUGCGGGCCAGACUGCGCCGCAAGCAUCACUGUAGAGGAACGUCCUACCACAUAGAGAUGAUCUGCCAGCUGCUGGCUAUCAUGUUGGUGUCCUGCGUGUGCUGGGGCCCCUUACUGAUCCGUAUCAUCAUUCUGAGCAUCAGAGUCAACGACGAGCCUGCGUCGCUCAGCCUCCUGAUGGUGGUGCGAAUGGCCACAUGGAACCAGAUCCUGGACCCCUGGGUCUACAUCCUGCUGAGGAAGGCUGUUCUGAGGAAACUGUUCAUGUUGUUGCCCAGCUGCUGGGGCCCAAAGUUUCUCAACCUUCACCGCUGGCAGCGCAUUGUGCUCCGCAGCUCCAUGGAGACCAGCAACUCGGGCACUGGCCCGACUGACUGCCGCUUCCUCGGUAGAUUACCUCUGCCAGACACUGCCAUCAAAUCCAUCACCUGAACCUGUCUGACCUGAGAACACCUGUGAGACAAACAGGAAGAAGCUAUGAAGAUGUGCAGAACUUUGUUUGGAAUACAGACAAUCAACAUUAUUGUAUAUAAAUCAUAAAGUUAGUUUUCAUGUUCUCUUUGGAGUUGUAAAAAUGGUGAACUGGCAGUAUUCUGUUCUGUUGUGUAAUAUAGGAUUUAACUUUUUGUUCCCAACUUUCAGCUCUGCUUAACGCAUCAGCAGCUCUGAAAAAAUCUGUCUGAAAUGAUCACAGUGCUCACAGUCAGGUUGGUUCAGUCAUUCCUUUAUUGCACUUUUUUUUCUAUUGGAAAAGUGACCGUCUUAAUGCUGCUGAGAUUUCCAUUUGGCAGCUCCAGCCUGUACCCUUAACCUCGUCUAAAGAUUUUUACUGAAUGUGUUUGAUUCUUUUUGUCUUAUAUUGUUAUUGCAGUUUUUGGCAGUAGCCAUACAUGAAGGGUAAGGUUAGGGUUGGGAAAUAUAUCGAUAUCGUGAUAUGAGACUAGAUAUUAUCUUAGAUUUUGGAUUGCAAUAUGACAAACGUGUCUUUGCCUGGUUUUAAAGGCUGCAUUACACUAAAAUAAAUGUUUUUUUCUGAACUCACCAGACUGCUCUAGCUGUUCUAUUAUAUCCUCAUUACUGAUGAUUAUUUAUCAAAAAUCUCUUUGUGUAAAUAUUUUGUGAAAGCACCAAUAGUCAACCCGAUAAUAUCGUCUCAAUAUCGAUAUAGAGGUAUUUUUUAAAAUAUAUUGUGAUAUAUUGAGAUUUUCUCCUUAUCGCCCAGCUCUAGGUAAGGGGAUAUGGAUUCAUGAUACAAUCUAAUCAAUCAGCUACAGGUUACAUGUCAGAUCCAAACAUUUAUCUGGAUUAUAAUGUGAAUUUAUGUUUAAUGUAGAAAAAAAAUGUCUGCAGCAGAAUGUGCAAAAUAAUGUAAAAUAAUUGAAUUUAUCACCAGUUUUGAACCACUCAACAGAAAUAUUUAAGCCUAAAUGACAAACACUGAUGGAUUAAUUGUAGCAUCUAUCCCAUCAGACAGAGCAGGGUCCUAGUCUGGGUUAUUAUUGCAGUCGGUCAGCGGUUCGCUUGUGGUGAUAUGUACAUUAUUGUAAAUGUAAUGUUCUGCACAAGUGCUUUUGUGGCAUCAUCUCUCUCUCAUGAUAUUGUUUUCUUUGGGCUGAACUGUGUAAUAAAGGUGAAAAUGGAAAAACAAAGAAUUGAAUACGGUUGAAAAUGUUUUGUUAUGAUGGGUGAUGGUCAGGGUAAUGUCUGUUUCUCCACCAAAAACAACUUUUGAGGUGAAAGCCUGCCUGUCUCUGUCUCUGUGGAGGCUGGAGUUUGGCACCGGGAUGAUUAUAAACACUUUCAGAGUUCAAUUAUAAUUAUUAAAUGCCUAUCAAUGAUAUCAAUUAAUUAUAAUUAAUCAAUCAUGAUAAGGCAAGAUGAACUGAUUAAUCAAUUUACAAACUGUUACAGUAUGUGUUGGUAGAACUCUUGCUAAUCACAGUUCCUACCGCUGCUCUGUUGGUUUAAUUUGAUUAAUACAUUUUGAUUAUAAAUUGAGAGCUGACCUUCAAUUACUGUGAAGGGAUCGCACAGUGUAAACUGGGAAUAAUACAGUAAAGCAGAGAAAAAAAUAAUUGUGAGGUGGAAUAUAAUAGGCAGACAUAAAUGGAAAACAAAUAUUAAUUUUAGGAUUCCACAAUAAAAUCCACUUCAUAUUUCAUAA